CGGAAUGAUAUUUUUAAAAAAGAGUUAAGCAAGAUUGGAUGAAUACAGUAGUGAUCCCAUAUCGUAAAGGUAUCUCAGAAGACAUCAGAAGGAUUUUAAUUCGUCAAAAUAUAAGAGUAUUCUUUCGAACAAACAAUACUCUAAGAUCAAAACUAGUAAGAAUCAAAGAUCCAAUACACAAGGAUGAUCAACAAAAUUGUGUUUAUGAAAUCAAAUGUAAUGAUUGUAAUGCAACGUAUGUAGGUGAAACAUCAAGACAACUGAAUGUGAGGGUGAAAGAACACAAACUGUGCUUAAAGCAUAUUCCUAAAUCCUCAAUUGAUGUAAAAAAGCUUGAGAACAGAUCAGCGAUAGCAUUACAUUCAAUUGAAUCGGGUCAUACAGUUGAUUUCAAUGGCACGAGAAUCAUUCAAAAAGGAUUUAAUUCUUACAAAGAACGCCUAACAGCUGAAGCCUUACAUAUAUGGGCUAAUUUAAACAAUAUUAAUAGGAGAGAUGGAAUACAACUAGCUGCACCAUGGCAACUAAUAAUUAAUAAGUAAACCUGAUCUCCUUUUUGCCAUUUGAUAUAUUUAUGCCAUAGUAACUAAUUGAUAGAUAAUACGUUCAAUGAUUCAAAUCCGUUAUCUUAUCUGAAUAUGUUAAACAAUUGACUGGAACAUUUUUUAAAAUAACACACUUCAAUUACAUAUACAUUCCUCGUUUAUUUAUUUUGUUUACUUAUCUUCAUUUAAUGCAGGCUGUAGCAUUUUGAUUCAUUUCAUACAUAAAAAUGAUUUGUUUUCUUAAUAUACACAGACCGUAGUCAAUAUUAAGUUGAAUGAAAAUUUUUCUCAUAUCACUUGCGUAUAAACACAUUCUGUUAUCUUAACACGUUUUGGUUCCAUAACACAUACAAAACAAUUUGUCAUAACCUUGAAUUUACCUUAUAAUCCUUAAGUCAUUCUAUGGCCUAGGAUAACAUGACAAUUUCUUCCCCUUCAUUAUUUUCAAAUGAACUUUUAUUUUAUUUGUUUGACCUUUAUUAUUUUUCAUAUAAACAUGUCUCUUACACAUUAAUACAAAUACCUAUCUAUAAAGAAAUCCUUCACGUCGAUUGGAUGACUUAUUCAGUGUACAGUAAACCGUAGAACCAUGUACCUAUUUAUAUUCGAUAAUUUUGUUGUUUGAUUAUAUUUUCCUUGAAAAAGCUUGGACCAGAUUGCCAGGCGAAACGUUGG